UUUCCGAGCGACUUGACCUGUCGUCGGGUGUGCGUUACAUCUUCGGUACGGACGGCACACGGAUACGGCGCAUCGAAGAGCUGGCGGACGGCGAGAGCUACGUCUGUUCGUCAACUCGUCAGUUCCAGAAGGCGCCGUACGGCAUGAAGAGCCUGGACAGCCGGACCCAGCCGGAGACGCAUGACCUGAGCGCGCGCCGGGAGAAGCCGAAGCGGCACCGCGUCAAGCCGCUCUCGCCGGUCGUCAAGCGCGUGUUCGGCAAGGGCAGCGGCGGCUCCGGCAAGAGCGGCGGCCGCCGCUCCGGCGACGGCUGCAAGAUCAAGAUCAUCAACAACCUGGACAAGUCGAUCCAGAGCUACGUGCACUUAAACUUGAAAACGACUCAGCGCUUCGAGGACGUGCUCCAGGAUCUCGGGCAAGUUGUGAAGUUGAAGGACGCCCGCAGGAUGUACACCACCUGGGGUCAAGAGGUAAAGAGCUUCUCACAGCUGCGGAACGACUUCUACGAGACCGACACGUUCUACCUGUGCACGGGCGAGCAGACGACAGUGCGGGGCGCGAAGGUGUCGCGAGAGGAGGCGCACCGCGGCGUGGAGGACAAGCGGCUCAACAAGAUCCUGCGACGCCACAACAGCGAGCCCCUCCUGCAGGUGAAAGAAAAGAAGCCGCUGACGACGCGAAGCAGGGCUGAAUCUGUGAGUGACGUCUCGGCUCCGAAGAGCGCCUCCGAGAAGUCCAAGGUCAAGGUCAGCCUGCUAGGCCGCGUGCGGACCUUCUACAAGCCGUCCAAGGACAUGCCCGUGCAGUACCUGCCGCCGGAGAAGCGACUCAAGCUGGACUGGGUUCACGGCUACCGCGGCGUGGACGUGUACCGCAACCUGUGGGUGCUGCCUUCGGGCGAGCUGCUCUACUAUGUGGCCGCCGUGGCCGUGCUGCUGAACCGGCACACCGACUCCCAGCGGCACUACACCGAGCACUCGGAGGACAUCCUGUGCAUGGACCUGCACCCGUCGCGGCACAUCGUGGCCUCCGGCCAGCGGGCCGGGCCGGGCUCGCGCGGCGCCUCGGUCCGGGUCUGGGGCGCCGAGCGCCUCGACACGCUGCACGUGUUCGGCAGCCGGGAGCUGCGGGUGGGCGUGGCUGCCGUCAGCUUCUCCAAGAUGAACCAGGGCGCCUACCUGCUGGCCGUGGACGCCGGCGAUGAGCACCUGCUCACCGUUUGGACCUGGCACAACGAGCAGAUCCUCGGCAAGGUGGCGACGCACCAGGACCACGUGUACGGCGCCAAGUUCCACCCCAUGGACAACAACCUCAUCAUCACGCACGGGAAGCAUCACCUGACGUUCUGGAACAAACGAAGGGACGGUAUCUUCGAUUCUGUUGAUGUCUUCGGAACCUCCUCGGCUCGGACGGUGCUGGCGGUGGAGUUCGAGCCCGGCGGGGAUCUGAUCACCGGCGACUCUGACGGCUUCAUCACCACCUGGACCAUCGACAACGAGGGCAAAUACUACAAACGGGUCGACUUCGAGGCGCAUUCCUCGGCGGUGACGUCACUGCUGCUGCUGUCGGAGGUGACGCUGCUGUCGGGCGGCGAGGGCGACCGCAGGAUCUGCGCCUGGGACUGCAGCGAGCAGUACACCAAGCGAGCCGAGACCAGGCUGCCUGAGGCGGCUGGUGGCAUCAGAACGCUGUGUCCGCAGCGAAUCAACACCAACGACGGAAACGUGUACGCCGGCACGGUUAAAAACAUGAUUCUAGAGGGCUCCAUCAUGCGUCGCUUUAACACGGUGGUGUUCGGACACAGCAAGCACCUGUGGGCGCUGGCGGGCUGCAACGAUGACGACUGCUUCAUCACCGCCGGCUAUGACAAGCUGGUGGUGAAGUGGAACGACCACCACAAGGUCAUCUGGAAGUCCCCGAUUGGCAGCGAGGCGGUCUCGUGCGCCAUCCACCCGCUGGACACGGUGGUGGCCGUCGGCUCCAUCGACGGCUACCUCUCCGUCUUCAAGCUGUCGGACGGCUCCCAGAUCGGCUCAUUCCGCGUGUGCGGCCAGCCGCUCAGCAGCCUCAGCUACAGCCCAGGCGGUGACAUGCUGGCGGUGGGCGCCCAGACGGGCAGCGUUUACCCGUACAAGGUGGGCCGGGACGGCACCGUGUACGUCAAGUUCGGCCCCAUGCAGGGCACCCAGCCGCUGACCCAGCUGGACUGGAGCACGGACGGCGAGUGUCUGCAGGCCGUCACUGUCGACCACGAGCUCAUACUCUGGAACAAACGAUCGCUGACGAAGGAAAAGUUCCAGUUCAACUUACGGGACAAGAAUUGGGCGUCGUAUACGUGUACUGUGGGCUAUCCGGUUCUAGUGCCUGAUGCUUCCUAG